GCGAAGGCUCGCGACUACGACUAUGCCAAUGUUGGUAAAGCCGGAAGGUCGGUAUAUUUGGAGGCGAUUCUCCAUCCUUACUGUCCCAUGCCUUCAUCCCCUUCGAUCCUUCAAACCUCGUCCAUCCAUGACACAGAAGGCUGAUGCAGGGGACGGGUACAGGCGCACUGGAAUAACGCUCAAGGAAGGGAGGCGUGAUGAACAUGGAAUGGAGGAAGUGGAUGGAAUAUUUUCCUCCCCCGAGAACUCCCCCGUCAAAGAGAUUGGGUUCAAUAACGGGAAUGAGACCUCGAUCGGCUCGGACGGUAUGUCCAUGGACGAGGGUAAUGGACCCGGUCCCGCCGACUUUCUCAAGGGCAGACGUGCAUCUUAUUUCCCGCCCCCCGUUGCGCGCUCUCCCAGGAAGACUGGGCUGACUGGUUCCCCGCGGAGGACUCCUGGCCUACGGUCUUCUCAAAGUCCGCAACGCGAACGCCUUUCUUCGAGUCCUUCUGAUGGAAAAGGACUGGGAAGUACGAGGGGGGAAUCGCGGCGAGGCAUAUCUCCGCUUACUAGUCGCUCCAUUAAUGCUGCACCAUCUUUCAACCAUGUAAAUGGUGCGCGCAACACCAAAGGAAAUGAUAAAACACCGGCCGAAGCCAUGAAUGCCGGAUUUUUGGACAGCGAUGCCAGCAGUCAGCUAAGCACAGAUGAGAAUGGUCAUUCUUUGAGCCAUAUACGUGACGACUUUGUUGACAGCUUCAACGCCGGUGACGAUACCCUUAUGGGCGAUCCUGCCGAUGAUCCCGUCGAUCAUGGCGCAGAAAUGGACGCUGCAACAGCCGUUGCUUCUGAGUCGCGCAAAAAGAAAAGGCAGGCCAGAUCCAUCCCCAAAGCCAAGAGAGGUGCAAGUAGCUCAAGGAAUAGAAUUCAAAACACCACCCAGGAUAAUGAGACGGAAGAAGAACCGACACAAAAGCGCAAGUUUCCCGGUCGGCCUCCAAGAGCCCAGCACAAGCCCGACGACGAAACCGGGGACCAAAGGCCGACAAAGAAAGCUCGAGUGUCUGAUACAAGUCAUGGAAAUCCAAGCUCAUCAGGCGACGCCGAAUUGGAUAUGGUUGUGAAGGAUUAUGUCAACCGCACCGGACCAUUAAAGGGCCGAAGCCUCUAUAUCUUGAAGCGCGAGGCGCCCUCGGAUGUCGCUGCCACCCACACGCGAUCAGGGCGUGUUUCAGUUCGACCGCUCGCGUAUUGGCGAAACGAACGCUGUGUCUAUGGGGAUGGUGAGGCUGUCGAGGGCCAGCGGUAUCCUCUUUCGACCAUUAAGGAAAUUAUCCGCACGGAAGAGCUUGAGCCGGAGAAACCGAAGGCCAAUAAACGCCGGCCUAGCAAAUCUUCCAAAUUUAAGAAAAAUAAGGGGGAAGACACCGAUGAUGAUGAGGAAUACAUUGAUCCUUGGGAGAAAGAAAGCGGGGUUCUGCAUGGUUAUAUCAGGAAGUGGGAUCCCGAGAUCCAGGCAGUGGGCGAGGAUGAAGAGAUUGUCGACCUCGCGUAUGCACCCUCUGGUAUCGAGACGAGGAGUGUCAAAGAUUCCUCAUGGCGGUUUGCUAAACUUCUCAGCUCCCCCUUCUUGGGCUCUGGGAUCGUUGAAUUACCGCCUGGCGGGGUCAAGAAGCCCAAGAAUUCCAAGAAGAUGCACAUGGUAUUCUAUAUAUGUAAUGGCAGGGUUCAAGUAGAUGUAUCUGGUGUGCGAUUUAGCGCCGGAAAAGGAUGCGUGUUCCAGGUUCCGAGAGGCAAUUAUUACAGCUUCGCCAACACGCAUAACAAAGAUGCCCGACUCUUUUUCACACAAGGUUGCGUUCCGGUGGAAAAUGACGGUUCGGCUCCGGGAUCGGCGACCAAACCCGGGGCCAUGGACGGUGAUUCUAGCACGCCAACGGGACGUCCGACUGGUGCUGUUAAAGGCAGACCCAGGGGCAAGCAGAAAACAGGGGGCGGGCGUAAAGCGAUGUAACUGGCUUCGGAGCCAGUUUCCACCUCCAUCUGCUUUAUUUUCACCCUCCCUUCUUUUUUUUACUUUUUCGAAACAUCAUUCACCACCUAUAUCCUGCCCGCCUGAGGGCUUUGAACUCCAGAUUAGCGACCUAGUAAUGUGAAAUUGCUGGGACGGAGGUGUGCUUACGUCUUCAUGUCUCCGUCCCUCUUAUCAUUUUCUAGGAUUGUGUUUUUAAAUACGCCAGGGUUUGGGCUGUACUAAAGUUAUCGGAGUACCUUGAGUGGGACUGGAGUAUAUUGCAGGAGCUUGUUUUUUGCCAUCUUAAUUCCAUUCUUCG